UCACGGAAACAGCUCACCUAAUUCGUUCGGAUAAUAAAAUAAAUUAUAAUUGUUCGUUCUUCGUUUUCGUAAAGUUAAUUCUUGGUUCGACAGCAAUGCUGUUUUGUUUCGCACUAUUAUGCACCCGGUUUCCGAACCUAAAUUACCAAUGUAACCCUCAAGAAAACCCCCAGAGGACUGUUCUCAAGUAUUCGGUCGCAAAAUUCCUUUCGUCAUGGCAUCUUUCCGGCCCAGGUUCCAAAUUUCCAGUUUCGUCUUGCAAACGGAUAGUUUGAACGGCUUGUUGCUGAAGCCGACGUCGUUGACUUCGACGAUACUUAACGGGAACCUACGAAGCUUUUGGUUCAAAUCGGGACGGAGACCCGUCGAAUACGGCACUGGGAAUUGCGGUGAACCGGCGCCGGCCAAGAUAGAAUCGUUGGAGCCCUGCGAGGGUGCCCCGUCGAAAUGCAUCGAGGAGAAGCCGAAGAGGAAGUGUUUGUUCUUCAAAAAAUCGGCGGCCAAGGAGAAGCCAAGUAACUGCGUCGUAGAGAAACCUCGCGAAGCGAAGCUGACUCUGUGGGAGCAAAUAUUCGGGCCGGACCCGAAGAGGUCCUGGCCCGAUCCUUGUACCUGCAGGAUCGCCGACAGGCAGAAGAGGAAGCAACGCAGAGAGGAUCCCCGAUUGUUCGAUUCGCGGUAUCGGGAAACCGCCGGCGACGUUUUCUUGUUCACGCGGGUCGCGAAACGGCGCCCGGAAAGAUGCAUGGAACCGCAACCGAAAUCGCCGCCGCCGUUCAAACUGCCGAAAGCGGUACUAUACAGCAUGAUCGGCGAUGGCUGCGACAGGAAACAGCUCGAGGAAGUUCUCGUUGAUCAGAAAAUGGCAUGCGCUGGUGGACGCUCCGCCGCGCAGUUGAAUUACCGGAUUCCGUACGAGGAGAUGCGGCCGCCAGAGAGACGAAGAAAAUCGUUCAGUUGUCGGGAAGGAAUUCAGCCGGAGGACGUUGAAAACCCCACGAACGAGGAGCUGAAUUUCAUCAAGGCUUUUCUGAAAGUUCGCGCGACGCAUUCGCAGGAGCCUCCGGAGCAAAGGAGGAAGGAUAUGUUUUAUCGAAAGAUGGCGGAGGAUUUCUCCGAAACGGAAUCUGACGUCGUAAAAGAAAGUGGCCAUAAACGUUCCAGGAUUGAACAGCUGAAGAUGCUGGUCCAACGGAAAAGCUCGUCCCAAUGUUUUUUCACGUUUUGAAUCGUUUCGAGACUGGUGGCACCAUCCAUGAAAUGAACGAACUAGGUGUCACGUGUUAUCAACGGACGAUCACAAUUGUUGUUAUCAUUUACGCUUGUUCUCGAGAUUCGAUGUAACAAUAGAUGUAACCGCAGACGAGGUAUAGAAGCAGGUUUAGCACGUAACGUGUAUUCCUGUACGACGAAAAUGGAACGAUAGCAUCCCGUUACCAUUCUCCUGUCGCGCUCGUUAUUACCGGCAGUUCAGAAAUUUCGGUUUCUUAGCGAGAAUCGAGUAGUUUGUAUACCACAUUUGUAUUGUGGCGCGUCUCUGAAUUUUGUAAACCGAAACUGGCUAAGUUUGACGUACGUAAACCUUGCGACGAGGUUUCUGAAACCCCACUUUUGGAUGACAAAAUAAUAGAUCGUGUGUCUGGUCUAUUCCUAUAUCUCGUUUGUGUAUAUACCGCAGAAAUGCACUGAAAAUCUAAAUUAGCGCCAUCACACGCAACGGCAAAAUGCUGAAACUGAUGGACAAAAUUACCAACAGUCGGUUCUGGCUAACAGUUUGCGCCUUUUGCCACUACGAGUAAUGGCGUUGUGUGGACCUCUGAACGGAGCUUCGCGGUUUCGCUGUAAGAGGCG